AUGGACGGGCACGCCGACGCGACUGAGCAGGUCGCAAUCGCCAAGCUCGAGCCCACCCUUCCAAACCUACAAUCCUGCUACUUUAAAGCAGUAGUAACGCUCAUAUGGCCCUACAGCUCCUCGAAUAAGACGCUUUCCGUGCUUUUGGCCGAACCGGACUUUCGUUUGCGACGCAGCAGAGGCCAGGUUAAGGUCCAGUUUGCGGGAUCGUGCGCGAAGCAUGUUUUUGAUGCGGGGAUAGGGAGUGGGGAUGAGUUGGUCGUCUCGUUGAAUGGGGCUGAAUGGAUGCCUGAGAGUGCGAGCGCUGCGCAAACGCCUGGUAGGGGCAUUGAGUGGGAGCUGAAGUUUGCAGAGCGGUUGGUGCUUCAGAUUCGGAAGUGCGAAACCGGAAAUAUUGCCCUGCUUGAUCUCGACAACCCUCCACAAGAGCCCGAACCCGACCGCAUUGCUGAGAUCGAGACGCCACUCGAAAACCCGUCACCCCCACCAGGAAGCCCAAUUCCAACAGCACGCCAUGACCAGCUACGUGCGGAAGAGACUGAUGAGUGGUCAUCACCGGCAUUCAUAAAGCGCGCUCGGCUAUCAUAUGGGUCCUUUAUUGGGAAUGAUUUUGAGGCAUUCAUAGAAGAUGAUGGCUCCAUCCCAGGAAAAGGCAGAAAACGGUCGAGGUUUGGGCGAAAGUCAGGAGAUUGGAGAUAUAUCAGCCGUUCUCCAAGUCCACAAGAGGAGGUCGAGGUCGAAGAGCCAGCUGUGGAGGAACCGGUCCCCGAAAAGGUGAAGCCUACAAUGACGGACGAAGGCUGCCAGACAGACGGCCUGGAAUACAGUGAGGAGAUGCAGGAGUUUUUUAGACAAUCUCAAGCGGCUGGUAGGGAGGCAAGACCACCGGUACCUACAGCUCUACAAGAUACACGGAUGGAAUUUGCAGAGGACCGAGGCAGACAACCGAUUCCACCGUUUGACGCGUUCCCGGCUGGGCAUGAGCAGCCAGCUUCACAAGCAAUGGAGCCAAAUGGAGCCACCGCACAAUGGCCGGAGUCAAUAUUCCGGGAUAUGGGAUUCUCGAACGGAUCUGUGCCUGACAUGAAUCUGAGGCCUAGUGUCUCUUUCGGACAACCUAGGUCCCACAGCCCACAGGCUCCACCUACAGCAUCCAUGUUUGGAAACUAUCAAGAAGACCAAAGGAACGGACUCUUCCAGGCGCCAUAUCCACCGGAUCAGCCAAUGAAGCUACACCACGGCCUUCCCCUCGAGACGGAUGACCAUUAUGGCGAACAUCCAAAUGAAGUCCCUAUAGAGGCUAGAGAUUUUACGGUCUCGCAAUUCGCCCAACCUGCCGCGUCUUUAUAUCCGGAACUGCCAGAUGUUUCCAUGGAAACACCUGCCCAACCGGCCUGGGAGUCCCUGACCCACGUCCCUGGGGAAGCUGCCUCCCCUACCUUCGAGAUUCCCAAUGCCGCGAGCAAAGAGGCAUCUGCGCCACCAUAUAGCGAACCCAGCAUACCGAAAUACCGUUUAGAUGAGCUCGGUCAGGUAGUCGCGAUUAGCGAAGACGAAGAAGAUGGAGAAGAUGAAGAAGAAAGCGAAGAAGAGAGCGAGGAAGGCGAUAGAGAACUAGACCGCCGUCAAAUCGGCUCUGAUGAAGAAAUGGAAGGAGAUGAAUCUGGUGAGGAAAUCGAAAUAACGCCCAGGCAAGUUCCUGAGCAGUAUUAUCGCCAGCAACAGCUUCCCGACGAGCAAGGAGGUGGCGCCGCCGAGCUGAAAUACAGUAAUGAGGACGGCGAAAGCGAGCUCGACGACGAAGCUCAUCCAUCCGAAGAACAAGAGUUCUCAGAUGAUGAUGAGGGUAGCGAGAUGGAUAGUGGUGAUGAAGCUCUAUAUGCGGAGGAAGGCGAAGAAUUCGAAGAAGGAGAGGACUUUGUUGAAGGGGAGGACUUUGAUGAAGGAGAGGACUUUGAUGAAGGAGAGGACUUUGAUGAAGACGGCGAAGGGCGCUACGAUGACGAGGAGAUGAGCGAAGAGGAUUUAGGCCCUGCUCAUCAGCAACAGCAACAACCCGCAGCGAAGUCUGAGCCGGUCUUUAUAGAUCUUCUAUCGUCGGAUGACGAGGAAGAACAGCCUGAAUCUGCGCCCAAACCCCCUCUUGUUCAUAAAGACUCGUCUUUUGCGGAUGUAGAGGACAAUGUACAAGAUAAUGUAAUGGAAGACGAAGAACUCGGUGAAGAUGCAGAAGCAGACUUCGAGGAAGAAUCUGAAGAAGAGGGAAUGGCCAUCGGGCGCCCAGGCGACGAAGAAAGCGAAGAAUCUGAUGAGUCCGAAGGCUCUGAGGGCCCUGGGUUAGAAGGAGAAGAACCAACCGGCGCUGCGGAAGUAUGGCAACCUGGUACCCCGCCUGCCACAGAAAUGCAGAACGAGGUAGAGAUGCAACAAGUGCCAGCUGCCACUCUCCCUCCUAAACCUGACAACGCAAACUUGUCGAUGGUGGAGGAGGUGGGCGGCUAUGAAGACGAAGAUGACACCAUGGAAGGAGGUCUUGUCGAACAGCGCUUCAUGGAUGGUGCAAACGAUGUACCUACAGAGUCGAGGACCGCAAAGGAGAAAACGCCUACCUCUCGCCCGGCUGAAGAAAUGCAGAUCGAGGCAGCCGAAGGAGAAGUUGCCGACAACAGGAUUACACAGCCACAGCCAGUCGAGAUGGAACUUGAUCAGGAAGCUCAAGAACCUGAAGUCGCCAACGUUCGAGCAAGUCUGGAUGAACAGCUUCAGGCUAAGCAGCUUGAGGAUGAGCAACUCGAGGAUGAGCAUUUCCAGGAGGAACAACUCGAGGAGGAACAGCUUGAGGGGGGACUUAGACAAAAAGACAGGUCUCCAGCGGAGGUCAGGGAGGGUGCUGCACUUGCCGAAGUAACUUAUCCUUCUUUGCCUCAGGACGAAAGCAGCGCUAUCGAAACGCAAAUGACUUCGCUUGGCGAGGGCCAAGAAGAAGAUGUUGACGACGAUAUUGAACUAAUAAAAGCCCAAUUGAUGACACCUGACGCUACUCAAGUAUCCUCUAUGACUCCACAAGAUGCGCCAUUCACGACCUCGACUGAAAAGCAACCGCAAAACGACGCCACAGCUGAUAAAGUUGUUACAGAUGAAGUCGUAUACAACAGCGUCGAAGGCACUGAAUCGAUAAAUGAGAAGCUCGUCAAGGUUACGAAACGAGCCACUAGAUCAACGAAGGCGACAACGGAUACUCUCCAACCUCCCGCUACACCAACGAUGGAUAAAAAGAUGAGUCUCAGGUCAGCCACUUCUCCCGUAAGUACUCGAACAGGUCGAUCCCCCCCGCUGGUGACAGGUGCGCCGAGCACACGGAAGGACCGUGAUACUACAUCACAUCUUGCAUCGAAGGCUCUCAGCCCCUCAGGAAAGUCCCAGCCAUCACCACAGACUCCAAGACACAACCUUGGAUCAAAACCAUCAACAUCACCUCCCGGCACCCGCAUCACCCGAUCUCAAGAUCGUGCCGAGGCCUCAGCAACGCCUAAAAUACCCGCCGCCACCUUACCAACCGCCACCAAAGACCACCUCAUACCGCCCUCCAAACAACUGCCCACCACCCCUCAAAAACCCCCCACGCAGCCUCUCUCAGAAACCGCCCUCCGCGCCAGCCUCGCAAAAGCCCUCCGCACCAACCUCAGUGACUUCACACCUCUCAAAGUGCUUCGCCACAAUCUUGGCAAACGCCUCGACGUCCUCGCCAUCGCCACCACCGCCCCCCCUGAAGCCCAGCGCGCCAAACACGGCCCGCGCCACUACCACCUCCGCUUCAACGUUACCGACCCCUCCAUCGCACCCACCGGCGUCGUAGAGAUCCAAGUCUUCCGGCCCUACAAGGAGGCCCUCCCCGACGUCGAGGUUGGGGACGGCGUACUCCUGCGCAAUUUCUCGGUCAAGGCGGAGAAGGAUAAGGGAUUCGCACUCCGCAGCGAGGAUAGUAGCAGCUGGGCUGUGUUUAAGCGGAGCCGCGUCACGGAGUGUCGGGGCCCGCCCGUGGAGAUUGGGGAGGGCGAGGAGGCGUAUGUGGCGAGGUUGAAGGAGUGGUGGGGGAGUAGGGGGGAGGAGUUUAUGGCGAGGUUGGGGAGGGUGGGGGAGAGUCCUGGGAGUGCGAAGGGGAAGAUUAAGGGAAGGGCGUGAAUGGUUGGAUAGAUGGUUGGAUUGAGAUGGAGAUGAUCUUGGUUGGGGUGUGGGAGUGAUAUCUGGAUACGGAGAAUUUAGCAAUCGGCUUUGCUGUAGAUCCAGACAUAAAAUUAUACAGCCCUUGGGCAUGAUGAAGUAUUGACUAUCCCUAAAAAAAGCAAAAAUUUACUUCGAGCUCAGCCCUGGCAUUAACAACAUGGCAAUCUCUAAGCAACCCAGCAUAAUGAGUAAGAUGCCGCCGUGCCGUCGUUACAUACUGAAAGCAACAUACCUUACAUUAACUGCGCUCUCUACAUACAUAGCAGUGGACCAGUCGGCACCAAUACAUGGCUCAGUCAAAGAAUAUAAUAAUUACAGGAGACGAGUUUCGAGGCUCGUCUUUAGGUCUCUGCUUGAAGAGCGGACGAAGAGACUCGAGGCCUCUGUGUUAAAGACAACAGCAGAACUUUCUCCUCCACUACCGAUGCUGUAGCUGCUAUCACCGCAUAGCUAUUGCCCCGCAAAUCUGCUGUCGCCGUAGAGAUGUCAUCGCCGCAGAGCUGUUGC